CCAGAUCGAGAAUAUCAUCUAUCAUAUCUAUUUUUUUUGGUUUUUUGCAAGUGACCAAGUGUGAUCUGUGAUUCUUGAAAGAGAAGAGAAUAUGAUGCGACCUCAGUUCUUGACCAUUGCCCUUGUGCUCUUGGGCUUCUCCUCGGCCGUUCUGGCCGGUCGUCUUAGCCAGCGGUAUUUGCCCACUCCGCAGGCCAGCCAGCUGCACUACCACGGCGUCAGUGGCCAAGGACACGCUCGUCCUGGCGCAGGAGCCCCCUUCGCCGGCGCCUCUGGCUUCCAGCGCCAGCAGCAGCAGCCCCAGAUCCCCAUCGUGAGGAGCGACUACCAGAGCGACGCCAAUGGCAACUACAACUUCGGCUUUGACACUGGCAAUGGAAUCCAUCGCGAUGAGACCGGUGAGUUCCGUGGAGGAUGGCCCCACGGAUCGCUGGGUGUCCAGGGAUCCUACUCAUAUACCGGCGAUGAUGGCAAGCAGUACACGGUGAACUACAAGGCGGAUAAGAAUGGAUUCCAGGCCGAGGGAGCCCAUCUGCCCGUUUCUCCAUCGGUUCCCGCUGUCCCAGCUGGACGCAGUUCCUAUGGGGCUGGUGGUUACCGUGGAUCGACAUCUUCUCAUGUCCCAGCUCCUGCCCCAGCUAGCCGAUAUCUGCCCCCAGGAUAUCGCCAGCGUAGGCACUACUAAACGAUAUAUCAAUGAUAUAAUCGAUGGAAGAAUUAGCCCCUAACAACCAGUAAUCUGAAUUUUAAACUGUAAACCUUAAUAAAUUGACACCCUUUUUGGAAAUUAUCAAGAA